AUGAUUGAAUCUAAUAUUCGAUAUUUACCAUUUGCUGAAUUACAUAUUCAUCUCGAAGGAAGUUUGCAACCAGAAUUUGCAUGGCAUAUAGCAAAAAAAAACAAUAUAAAACUUCCAUUUGAAUCACUUGAUGCCCUUCGUCAAGCAUAUCGAUGCUCUGAUCAAGAUGAAUUUUUUAAAACAUUUCUUUCUGUUGGUAAUGUUCUUCGUACAGAAGAAGAUUAUGAAGAUGCUGCAAAUGAAUAUUUAUCUAAAGCAUUAUCACAAGGUUUACACCAUGUUGAAAUGUCAUUUUGUCCACAAUUUCUGAGUGAAAGAGGAGAUGAUUGGCAAACAGCUAUUCGAGGCUUAACGAAUGCAUUAAAUAAUUGUGAGAAACAAUAUAGUGUAACAUGUUUUCUCAUCUUGGAAUUUAAUCGUUCAUUAUCUGCUGAAUCUGCAGGUAAAAUUCUUGAAGAAUCAAUUCCUUAUACAAAAAAGAAUGGUGGAUGGAUUUAUGCUAUUGGACUUUACGUGGAAGUCGUUCCUGCUGUUGGAUUUUAUGAAGUAUAUGAACGUGCAAGAGAACUUGGUCUUUAUUGUGUUGCACAUGCAGGACAUGAUGAUUUAGGUAAUGUUCCUGAUCCUGGUCGAUUUGUUAUUGAAGCAAUUGAUAAACUUAAAGUAAAUCGUAUUGAUCAUGGUGUUCAAUGUAUGAAAGAUCCAGAGUUAAUUAAACGUUUAUGUAAUAUGAAUCCAAAAAUUGCAAUGAAUACUUGUCCUGUAUCAAAUGUCUUAUGUGGUUUAUUUCCAUCAAUUUGUGAUCAUCCUUUAAAAAAAUUGUUAAAUAUGGACUUAAUUGUAACGUGUAAUUCUGAUGAUCCAGCAUAUUUUUGUUGUUUCAAAGAUACACUUGAUGCUUGUAUUAAAAAUUUAUCAUUAAAUCAAGAUGAUCUUCGUCGUUUAGCAAUUAAUUCAUUCGAAGCAUCUUUUCUACCUGAUGAGAAAAAGCAAGCGUAUAUUAAAGAAAUACUCGUAUUCCAAUUUACAAAUUAG